AUGUGGCCCUACGGUUGGUGUAAACUACUUACCGUAAUAAGCUCAUGGUAUCUAAUGAUUACCUUAGGUGGGUUUAAGAAUCAUGAUACUGUGGAGCGUGAACGUUUGAUGCAGAUGAUGAAUGUACCAGAUCGCAUAGUUCUCACUGGUGGUGAUGGAUACAAAGGUUAUGAAGCUCAACCAUUAGAGUUGAUGAAUGAUCACAUAAAUCAAGUGGGAGAAAAUGAUCUGAAAGAUCUUCCCAACAAAAUAACACUCAAGGAAAGCCCAUAUCUGGACAGAGGUGAUCCUGCUGCUGCUGAUGAACCAGUCCGGAGCGAGAAUUCUAUAGCAAUAGAGGAGAAUCCCUUGCAAGAGCUGAAAUUGAUGCGUCGUCAGAUCGGACGUAUUUCAACAAGACUGUAUCAGCUGGAAGAUGAAAUUGAGCAACGUCGAUUUCGAGAUAAGGUUUGUGUUUUGGCGUUAUUAAAUGUUACCGAGCCAUGA